AUGCACUUGGAGAAACAAAGAUGGUUUUUUCGCGUCCCCAGGAAUGGGGACCCCUCUUCUCGCGUGUGCACGAGCCAAGGGGAUAAGAUCCGAACAAGAUAUGCAGAUGCCGCAACGCGUGAGAAGCCGCGGACACGCCUGGAAGACUCUUAUUCUCCUUCGGCUGCUCGACCCCAAACAUUUCUGGGGACUGUCUGCUGUGGGCGCAACCCGAGGGACGCAGUCUGCUUCUGCGCAUCGCCUCUGUCUCCAUCCUCCGCCUCCGCCACGUCGGGUUCGCGCGCCGCUUCGCGGGCCCCUGAGGCUGAAUUGUACGUUCCGCCAGAGAACUGGCCCGUCGACCUUGCUGCCGAAGUCCGGCGCGCAGUGGCGGCUCUGCGGGCGCUGGAGCGUAGACAGUCCGCUGAAGCGCCAGGAGAGUUCGGCGGCGGCGAGAAAGAGCAGGAGCCAGGAACGCCUAUCGUGCAUGCCAGGAGAAAUCGCGGCUUCAAGGACGAAGACUAUGCCCGAUUAGAGACGCAGUGGCUCUGGCUCAUGCAAAGGGUGAAGCACCUCGGGCCUAUCUCCAGAGGAAACUGCGUGAAGAUCUACCACGAAGGCGACAAAGCAUUCGCGUCCAUGCUGGGGGCCAUCAAGGGCGCCAAGAAGACCGUCCUCAUGGAGUCCUACAUUUUUGACAACUCACACAUUGGGCGCGCUAUCAAAGAUGCAUUGUGCGACGCCGCGCGAAGAGGCUGCUUCGUGCUGCUGGUGAUUGACUGGGUCGGCAGCUUCAACAUGCCUGUAGCGUGGCAAGACGAGUUGGUGGAGGCCGGAGUCAACGUGGUGGUCUUUAACCCGCCGCUCUCGCUUCUCCUGAGCGGCGAGACUUCGCCGUCCUCAUCCCUCGCCUACCUCGCAGGAACGGCGGAGCGGAUUCUGCAGUGCGUCAAGGGCCUCUGCGGGGCUGCCUCGCCUGCGUCACUGGCGCCAGCCACGGCGCCUGCCUGCGGCACCAACAGCCUCUCGCCGUCCUGCGCCCGGCCCGAAGAAAGCCCCGCCGAAGAGGCAGCGAAGGAGACAGACGGGCGACCAGGAGGCGCACGCGACAGCGGCGGAAGCAAGCGAGAGAGGGGGAUUCUCUGGUCCGAGCGCGUGGGCCCCAUCCCCUUCAGAGACCACAGGAAAAACCUCAUCGUCGAUGGCCAGCUGGCUUUCGUUGGCUCGCUCAACGUCUCGCAGGACGCUGUCGGCGAGCAGUUCGGAGGCUGCAAUCACUUUUACGAUCUUCACGUGCGCCUUCGGGGCCCCGCAGUGAAGGCGCUGGAGGCGCUCAUGCUCGAGACGGUGGACACGGCGAACGCGCGACCCGUGAGAGACCGGCUGCGCGCCCACUUGGCUCGGCUGCAGCGAGAGAGCGCUGCCCGCCACGAGGCGGCCGCUGAGGAAGGCCUUGCGAGUGCAUGUCGAGUGCAGGGAAGCGAAAGCGACGCAGCUCGCUGCCAAGAGCGACGCUGCGAAGCUCGAGAGCAGAAGCGAGCGAGAGGGCGAGGCUGGGGGGGCGGACUGAGCCAAGCUUCACAGGGUGCCACAGGCGCAUCGGAGCCGGUAGCCGACGAGACCACAAGAAGAGUGGUGCCGUCCCCUCCGUCUCCCGCCGGCCGGUGCCCUUCCGCCUUGUCGUCGGAGGCUUCUAGUUCCUCGUUGCCUCCUCAGGCCUCGGCUGGUCGCGCACCUUCUUGUGGACUCUCUGCGUCUUCCUCGAGCCCGGAUUCGUCGUCUUCUUCUGCAUUGUGUCCCGCGGCUUCGCCCUCCGCCCCGCGCGGCUCUUCCUGGACGGGCGGUGUUGGUUCGUUGCUCUUAUCUCCAGCUCGCGUUCUGUCUUUCUUCUGGGCGUCGUCGCGGCCUGCCGAGGACGCGGAGCCAGCCUCGAGUUCUGGACGCGACGCGGAGGGGGGAACAGAGCGACGCAGGCAGCGCUGCCACGCUCCCUCCCUUCUCCUCGGGGGAAGGUGCCUCGGUCAGGCUUCUGAGGCGCAGCUCGCCGAGUUCGGAGAUGACUACGAGGACGACGAGGACGACGCCACAGACGUGCUUGUCCAGGUUCUCGAGAGCAACGUGCUGCGGAACGAGCGAUCCAUCCAGGCGGCAUUGAAAUCCGCGAUUUACAAUGCCUCUGUCUCCCUGUAUGUGACAGCCGCCUACUUCGUCCCUCCAGGGUUUCUGCGGCGCGCCCUCCAGAGCGCGCUCUCCCGCGACGGCGUCGACGUGAAUAUUUUGGUCUCGGGAGAAAGCGACGUGUGGGGCGACGUGUAUGCAACAACUUACGUGGUUCGGAAAUUUCUGACGAAGAAGCGGCGGCACGCGUUCCUCUCCGCAGACUGGGAAAUGGACCCCUCGUUCGCUCGCCGAGUGACGGAGUUCUUCUCUGCGCUCCUCCCCUCUCAGCGUUGGCUGACGCCAGAUGCAUACCCGUCUACGUGUCCUGAAGACUACGAAGGGCAGCCGACAAACGCGAGGGCGUCGGGGGGGCUGCUUCCCGUGGCCUUCUCUCGCACGCUCCCAGGUAAUCUGCCAGCGGCUCCGCGUUCCGCCGGCGAGAGGACCGAGGCACUCCGCGGCGACAACGGUGAAGGAGACGACGCGGCAGCGGUCGAGGUCCCGCGGGCGGCGAUGCAGGAGCGCGAGGAGUCGUGGCGUAGACAGCAGUUUUGGAGAGCCAUACGCGAACGCGAAGGGCCGAAGGGAAAGGCAUCUGUCUACUUUCUGACGGCGCGUCACUGCCACGCCAAAAACAUCGUCGUCGACCAUCUGUGGAGUACGAUCGGUUCCUUCAAUUUCGACAGGUUUUCUUCGCGACGCAACAUGGAGGUGCUCCUUGCGUUUUUGGACCCGACGAUAGCCGCAAAGUUCGAGGGCCUCUAUUGGCGGCAGAUGCAGGACGGAGCUGCUGAGCAAAUGACGGUGGAAAAGUGGAACAGCCAAACUCUUGUCAAAAAGAUUCUCUGCUUCUUCUGCUACUACAUCACGCGAUUUGCAGGGAAAAAUUUCUUCGACGGCCUGUCUGACCAGCGAAAUCGCGCUGUGCUAAAUCGUCUCCUUAUUGCGUCUUAUCUCGAGGACAUGCCGUCCUCAGAUCUCUCCACGGCUAUGCUCUGGGGUUUCCAGUAA